CGGUGUGCCUCGCUCCGCACGGCCGGGACGGACCCCGCUCUUUAUCCUUAACCCGGGCUGGGACAGCGCCGGCUCGCAGGAGGCAGCGGCUGCGUGAGCUCCGGGUGCCGGCAGGAGCAGAGGUAACAGUGCACCUCUAAGAUGAAACCUCCAUCUGGGCAAGGCAUAAGGCUGGCAUACCUUCUCCUGAGUCUGGCUUCCCUCUGCCUUCCCAUCCCUCUCUGGAAGGACCGGGACUCCCUGAUGCAGGAGGAGAAAGCCCAUCAGACAGGUGGCAAUUUGGUGCUGAACAGGCAGGAGCAGCAGCUCAGUACAAAGCUCGUAAACCUCAAGAAGAGGGAAGUGGAAACAGCCAUAUCUACAGGACAGUUUCCUCCAAGCAUGCACUUCUUCCGGGCAAAAAGCCUCAUUGAUCAGAGCAUGGUGUUCAGCAUCUUAAAGCGCAUGCCUAAAGGUGCUGUGCUCCACCUGCACGACUUCGCCAUGCUGGGCGUGGGCUGGCUGGUGUUCAAUGCCUCCUACCUGCCUGACUGCUACAUCUGCUUCACUCCCGCGGGCUCCGUGCGCUUCCGCUUCUCCCGGCCGCAUCCUCCCCGCCCGCCGCCAGCCGUGUGCUCCCCGUGGCUGCUGCUGGACACCUACCAGGGACAGCUGAGGGACGUGGCCGAGUUUGACAGAGGCUUGCUGAGAAACCUGACCCUGGUGACAGAUGCCCCUGAGCUGGCCUAUCCUUCUCAGACUUUCAUAUGGAAAAGAUUUGAAGAAAUCUUUCUCAUUGCCUCUGGACUUAUCUGCUAUGCACCUGUGUUCAAGGCCUAUUUCUACCAGGGGCUGCUGGAGCUCUAUGAAGAUAACAUACAGUAUGUUGAGAUAAGAGCUAUCCUGCCUGCGGUGUAUGAACUGGAUGGCACCAAGCACAGUAAAUCGUGGUCUGUGGCAACCUACCGGGAAGUGAGCAGGCAGUUUGUGAAGGAACACCCAGACUUUGUUGGAGCCAAGAUUAUAUUUACAGCGCACAGGAUGCUGAAUGUUUCCCAGAUUAAAGAAGCCAUCGUCACUGCCAUGGCACUCAGAGCCCAUUUCCCAGACACCCUGGCAGGCUUCGACCUGGUUGGUGAUGAGGAUGAAGGUCAUUCUUUAUGGGACCUGAAGGAUGCCCUGACCAUCCCAUAUUCCAUGGGGGUCAACUUGCCAUACUUCUUCCAUGCUGGGGAGACUGACUGGCAGGGCACCUCUGUAGAUAAUAAUGUGUUGGAUGCAUUGCUACUGAAUACCAGCAGGAUUGGCCAUGGACUUGCUCUCAUUAAACACCCAGUAGCCAAAAAUCUGUCUCUGAAGAGGGAUAUUCCUGUAGAAGUCUGUCCCAUCUCCAACCAGGUCCUGCUGCUGGUAGCUGACUUGAGGAGCCACCCUGCAGCUGACCUCAUGGCUGAAGGGCACCCCAUUGUGAUCAGCCCCGAUGAUCCCCCCAUCUUUGGGGCAAAGGGGGUCUCUUAUGACUUCUAUGAGGUGUUCAUGGCCAUCGGGGGGAUGAAUGCUGACCUGAGGACCCUAAAACAGCUUGCACUCAACUCCAUAAAAUACAGUGCCAUGCUACCGGAUGAGAAAGCCAAGGCCAAAGAGCUCUGGCAGAAAAAAUGGGACCAAUUUGUGGCUGACCUCUCUGAUAGCUUUCUAAGGGAGCUGUAGAGAGGACAGGGCUCAUCUCAGAAGGUAUUUGGCAAGCUAGAAUGAGCCAGACUGAUUGCUAAGAGGGAGACUGCUUCUUCCGUGUGACCUGAGCAGAUGAAUGGACGUCAAAGUCUCACCUGGCAGCGGGCAACUCUGCUAAGCCAGGCUUAAUGGGCUUAAAGCUAAGAAGGAGCUGCACUAUCCUGUGAAACUCGUGGCGUGGAGGUAAAAGAGAGCAGUGAGCCUUUAGAGCAACCACAAGAAAUCACCCUGCUCAAAAGAGUCAAAACAAUUUAAAAUUGCCAGUGACCAAAUCCUGACAUCCUUAUUCAGGAAAAACAUGCUUUCCAAUUAGAGUCAGCAGCAGAUUGCCAACAUGAAGAUCUCUAAAUUUUGCCUAAUCAUUACAAAAUGCAGACCUUGUCCGGAAACAGCUAAGACAAACAUCCAACCAUUUGGGCCACUGACCUUCAAGAGAGCAGGGACUGAAAAUGACUCUUGUUAUGUUUAACCCUGGGCCUGCUGCCAAAAUAGUACUGCUAGGUCGAAGAACCAGUCAUAGGUCUGAUAUCUGCUAUUUCAGGACCUCCAUGGCUGGAAACAAGCUGGUGGAACUUGCUCCCAGAACAUUUAAGCCUGGUUGCACAGUGAACAUAAAGCCAGAAGAGAGGUGUCUCAGUUGCCAGCAGUUUUCUUACUAUAAAGUCUUCUCCUGUCCUCUGGUCAAAAGGAAGGCAAAACACACUUCAGGUUAAGUCAAAAAUAUCCUGGCUUCCCAGACCCAGCUUGAUUAAAACUAUCCCCCUGCACAAGGCUGUGUUAACACAGACAUUUAUAGGAAACACCUUUUGGUUUCAGGGAGCUCUACUACCAGCCAUUGUUGCUGAACUCAUCGUGCAAAUGUGGCUUUAUUCAGCCUGUCAGAGAGAUUUUCACCUUGGUAGAGAACUGCUGUGGAUAUGCACAGGGCUCAUUUUGACCUCUGUGGUUUCCAAGCUAAUUCCCUGUUUUAACAUCAUCAAAAUAUCAGAUGGAGAACUAGUUGCAGGGAGACUAAAAAAAAAGCCCAAAACAAACCAAAACAAACAAACAAAAAACAGAAAAAAGAAUUCUGAAGCAGAUUGCUAGAUAAAUUCAGAAAAAUCUUUCAGCUCACACAUGCCAAGCAUGCUGCCAGGAUCAAAGAGCAUCUUUCCCUGACUUCAGUACAAUCAUGCUGGUUUGCAUCAGUCAAGGGAGAAUUGACAAAAGUUCCUACUGAAAGACAUCUCCCUCCUCUGAACCACAGACUUGCAAAGGCUUUUGUUUCCUAAUCUGACCAGCCUGGGCCAAUUGGCUCUCUUUAUGCUUUCUGCUAAUUGUCUCAAGCAGCUUGGCCAUAGUGUUUAUUUCCACUGACCUUGGCUGGAACACCUUAGCAGGAGGUAAACACACUACAGAAGUGGAUCAAGCUGCACAGCCCGUGUGCCCUGUGUUAAAUUGCCCACAGUUCACAGGCUGCAACUUCAUCUCUGGCUAUCCCAGAGAAAAUAAAAACCAACCAAAUCACACACAUUACAAAUCCCCAUCACAGAACACAAAUAAAAUCACAACAAACUGCAGGUGUGUGCAUUGCAGAAGGCAGCAACACAAACCACAGAAAUGAAAAAGUGAGAACCCAGUCACACCCCUCACUAAAUAGGGUGGCCUAAGUGCCCUACACCCCCAGGCCUUUUCAGCCACAGCUACCUCUACUCCAGCUCUCUCUGCCCACACCCCCAGCAUCUUCCUCUGAAGCAUCCUGAUGCUUUUUUUGCAGACUGACCUCUCCUGGGCCUUGAUACAGAUUUGGUCCUGGGAAGGAAUUUUAUAUUGGAGGAGUAGCCAGAGCAGAGCCACCGUCCCUCCUCCUGCAUGGGUGUUGCAUACAGAGCUCAGACUAAAGUCCCAGGGUAGGCUUUGGUCCUGGCCAGGUUAUAAAUGCUGGUUUUGGAAGUGCUUUACUUGUAAUGCUGCUGAGGAGAACCACAGCAAAUGCGCAGAAUAGCUGCUGACCAGCAACACAAAGCCCUGUCCCUCUCAGCAACCUGAUCUUUCAGCUUUGCUAUAUGUGGAUGGAUGAAGAUCUUUAUUUGCCAUGAGUUGAUUCUUCCUUAAAUAAGCCUCUUUGCUGCCAAGGUGAAGUUAAUCAUUACAGAACCAUUGUGGGAGGAGCUGAACUCCUCAACACACAGGUUGGCCCAUUCCCCUUUUCUGCCACAGCAGAAAGCUUUCAGCUCUUCUUGCACGUGGUCUCUUGAGAUCCUGAACCAAUUUUCAAUUACCUGUAGUCCUCCUUUCUCCUCAUUACCUGCAGUAGUUGCAGGGCUAGAUCUUCCAUUUGCCAAAUGCUUGCUGGAACCAGUUUACCUGCUGUGUCCAAGUGGUUCUGUUGUGCACAUGGUCAUUUACCUUCUUCACAACUGUGCUGUGAUGGGGCCAAGUGCCUGGAGCCACCAGUGUGUGAUGUUGUUCAGGAUUACAGCAGAAUCAGGUUUCUGUAAAAAUCACAGGGGUUUAAAAUGGCACAGGUUUGAUGCAGCCCUCAAAAAUGUGAGUGUGGCAGAGGGAGGGUCAGCCUGCCUUACUGCUGGGAAUCCGCUCUUCCUUACAGUAUGUCUUAAUUGGGAGAAAGGUGCAGAUUGAGAAGCCCAGGCUGCAUCCUUGCCUGUCUAACUCCAGGUGUGCAAAAAAAGAGGAAUUUAGGCUGGACAACAGCAGUUAUAAAAGAUCAAUUCAUUCAGCUCCAUUCAAGCUUUGUGUAAAUUUGGCUGCAGGGCUUCACUGAGACUCGCCUUUUAGCAGCACUAUUCCAAAAGUUUUGCUGCCAGUCUACUCCCUUUUGCCCAGUACCUUGGCUCCCUGCUCACAUUUGUUGGCAAAUACAUUACAUAUAAUGCUG